CGACACAGAGCACAGAGGAUUUUUACCGGCUUCCACACCGGCCAUCAUUUUCCACAACUAGACCUUUUAAACCGACAGAACUCACCGCUAAAGCCUCAUAUCUCCCCUCCAUCUUCAAACCUUCGCUCUUUGUUUAUUUUUGCUCUCUGAGAAAGAACAGGACAUGUCUGGGGUGUGGAAGGGACUGUCCACAUGCUGGUGUCUGUUGAUGCUGAUUCACUGUCUGGCUCAAACAGAUGCAGCCUUUACCUGUAGCUCUGCUCAGUUAAAGUGUGGAAAUGGCAGAUGCAUCACCCGCAGGUGGAUCUGUGAUGGAACCAACGAUUGUGGCGACGGGACUGAUGAGCUACCAUCUGUCUGCUCGGCCAAAACCUGCAUGGACUCCCAGUUCAACUGCGGGGCUCCUGUAAAUCAGUGUAUACCAAAGAGCUGGCACUGUGACGGCAAAGCCGACUGUGACAACGGAGCUGAUGAGACGAACUGCACUGCAAAACAAUGCAGACCUGAGGAGUUUAGGUGCAACAACGGCCAGUGCAUAUCCAAGAGCUUCGUGUGCGACAAAGACGACGACUGCACUGACGGCUCAGACGAGACGACGUGUCCCGAGCCCACCUGCAGCCCUUCUUCCUUCCAGUGCAACAAUUCUGCAUGUGUGCCAUUGAACUGGAAAUGCGACGGAGACAGCGACUGUCUGGAUGGGUCUGACGAGUGGCCGGUGAACUGCCAGGGGAGGGAGACGGAGAAGAAGCAGUCGAGAUGUGCGGCUCAUGAGUUUGAGUGCAUGAAUGGGGAGUGUAUACACAGUGGAUGGAAGUGCGAUGGAGCUCCAGACUGCUCGGAUAAAUCCGAUGAAUUGAACUGCAGUCGGCCAACUUGUCAUGAUGGUCAGUUCCAGUGUGCCAAUGGCGUCUGUAUUACGGAAAACCUGAGGUGUAACUCGGUGAAUGACUGUGGAGACAAUAGUGAUGAGAGGAGCUGCCCAACAGACGAUGUGUGCGAAGGCCCAAGCAACUUCAAGUGUGGCAGUGGGGAGUGCAUCAGCAUGGAACAAGUGUGUGAUUCAAAGAGGGACUGCAUAGACGAGUCUGAUGAACCAGUUGUGUGUGGCCAAAACGAGUGUUUAAUGGGAGAAAACCGCUGCUCUCAUCAAUGCAAUGAUCUGAAGAUUGGUUACAACUGCUCCUGUCCUGCUGGCUACAAACUGAAGAGUGACAACAGCACAUGCGAAGACAUUGAUGAAUGCAUUGUGCCAGACACCUGCAGUCAGAUCUGCAUCAACCGGCCUGGAACUUACAAGUGUGAAUGUGACGCCGGCUAUGAGGUUGAUCCAGUGAGCAAAACAUGCAAAGCUGAAUCAGGCACAGUGGCCACGCUGUUCUUCACCACCAAGCAUGAGGUCAGGGAACUCGCAGUGGACCACAGUGAGUAUGUCCGGCUCAUCCCGGAGCUGAAAAACGCCAUGGCUCUCGAUCUGGACAUGCCCAACAAGAGGAUCUUCUGGUCGGAUCUGUCUCGGAAAAAGAUCUUUAGCUCGAAUAUAGACGUUGCCAGCGACUCUGCUAAUCACAAAGUGGUGAUUGAAAGCGACAUUGAAGCCCCAGAAAGCCUGGCGGUGGAUUGGAUCCAUGGCAACAUCUACUGGACAGACAGCGCUUUGAAGACCAUCUCUGUGGCAACAACAGAAGGCGACAAGAGGAAGACUCUCAUCAGUGAGAAACUUGGGAGGCCCAGAGGCAUCACCAUUGACCCUGAAAAUAACUUUAUGUAUUGGACCGACUGGGGCCAGGAGCCUAAGAUAGAGAAGUGUGGACUUAAUGGAGCUGGCCGCGUUGCCUUGGUGACAGAGAACAUUGAAUGGCCUAAUGGCAUCACCCUUGAUAUGGUCAACCAGCGUCUUUACUGGGCCGACGCUAAGCUGCAUGCAAUCUUCAGCGUUGAUGUGAGCGGUGGGAGCCGACACACCGUCUUAUUUAAUGCACAAAAGAUCCAACAUCCUUUCUCACUGACUGUCUUUGAGGAGAGAGUAUUUUGGACGGACAGCAACAUAGGCAGUGUUUUCAGUGCCAACCGUCUGACAGGAAGGGACAUGACUGAGAUGGUGACCGGUCUGCAUCAGCCGGAGAGCAUUGUGCUUUAUCACAAUCUCAAGCAGCCUAUCGGUGUAAACUGGUGCAAAGAGGGCAGCAGUGUGAACGGUGGCUGUGAUUUCCUGUGCCUUCCUGCUCCUCUGCUUUACGAGAACUCUCCUAAAUACACCUGUGCCUGUCCAGACAACAUGAUCCUGGCUGCUGAUAUGCAGAAAUGUGUGACAGCUGCAACUCCUGCUAGUAGCAGGACUGUCGCGUCCAAAACGAUCACCAGCCGACCAUCUACAUCUAGAACCACCAAAGCUGCUGAGAUGCCCAGAACGAGCUCGUCUGUACAGUCCAGGCAGAACACUGAGGCGCCUGCUGGUACCGCUCAAGGUUUCCAACAUGCAGUGAUGCCUGAAGAAGCUCCUGCAUCUCACCCUGUCGCUCUCUACGUUUUUCUGCCAAUCUUGGCCAUAGUGCUGGUGUGUGGAGCAGUGUUUUUCUGGAGACACUGGCACAGGAAGAACACCAACACCAUCCACUUCUCCAACCCCGUGUACCAGAAGACCACCGAGGACGAGGUGCACAUCUGCAGGAACGGCUCUGACGGCUACGUCUAUCCAGAGAGGCAGAUUGUGAACAUAGACGACGUCGAUUUUCAAUGACCUGAAGAACUUUUUGGACUUGGAGAAGUUUAAUUUUUUACCUCUGGGUGAAAUAAAUGGAUGCUUUAAAAUCCAUUCUCCCAUCCUGCCUCCCAGAACCUCAGAUUAAUGGUUUAUUUUUCCAACCUCAGCCCCCCACCGUCCAACCCUGCAGAGCAGCACAACAUUAAAAGAUGAUGCUUAUUAUCAGGAAGCUUUGACUCUUUUGAUGUGAUUUAAGGACGCUCUCAUCUCUGCAAGAUCCUCUUCAUCUCGCUCAUUUUCUGUUUCAUACUUUUGCAGUAAUGGAACCGACUUUUGGGUUCGUUGAAGAAAAGUUUUCCUCGUACGUUUCGUUUUGACCAUUUUUCAGUGGUAAUAUUUCAUACCCACUUUGACAACCAGUUAUUUCAUUCAAAUUCAAAUUUUCUCUUCUCUGCUAGUUUUCUCUGAAGAAGGGUUUGAUCUGAAUCUUACAGGAUAAAAUAAUAUUAACAUUCAAUUAGAUUCUAGUAGAGAAUUGAGCAUUUGAAUUAGAUCUAAUAAAUGAAAACCUAAACUGGUUUGUUUAUGGGAAUGAAACAGACGUACGGGCUAAAUGAGAAGACGUGGGUCUGAUAAGGUUUUCCUGGACUGAGGAGGGAGUGAACUGAUCUGAAGACAUCUGAAACUCACAUAUGACCUUUAAUCUAUUUAUUACCCAACGCCUUUUUUAUUGCACUGCAGACUUGAAUGUCCUCAACUGCAAAGUCUUACCAAUUCCUGUGUGCCUUGUAAUGACACUAGUAGUUGGAAGGAAUGAAUCAGAAGCCUUAUCAAUCCGUCUGCCUUUCAAGCUCCGGACUUUUUUUUUCUCACUUGGAAAAACAGGGUUGUGAGUUUUCAUUUUCUCACGAGUUGCACAGCCUCUAGGUUUUUACCUGUUUGUUUUUUUAUUGUCUUUGUUUUCAUUUUGUCCAUUCUCCAAAUCACCUGCAGCUGUUUAAAGCCACAGGUGGUUUACAUUUUGAAAUGAAGAAGCUGCUGAGUCUUUUUUUUUUUUUUUUUUUGACAUCAACCAAAGUGAAGAAAAUGUUCAUUUUUGUUAACUGUUAAUAGCUGUAUAUAAUAUUUUGUAAAAUGUCAGCUCUGCUCCAUUGUUCACCUUUGUAAAUUUGUGAUUGUCUUAUUUAUUAAUGGAGGGUUCACAGCUGUCUGUAAGUGGAGUAAAUAUUAUCUCGAAAGGUGAAGUCCGACCUGAACACUGUGCAGCUAUAAUUUAACUGAUGUCAGUGAAGCUUUGAAUGCUUGAUUGAAUGCAGGAGGGUUAAAAGAGCGACUCUUUAUGGUGUUGCAGUGAGAAUGAAGAGACCUCCUGUUCCUCUUUCCAUUGUUUGUCGUCUCUUUCUCUCAUGACUCAGAUUAUUUAUUGCGCCUUUUCUGUUCUGUUACUGUAAUGUUCUGGGAAUGACGCGACACCAGCCUUUAGUGCAACUCUUAUCCUGCUGGCUUACAUCUGUUAAAUGAAGCAUGGAAAAAAAAAAACUAAA